UUUUUUUUUAAAUACCUCGAGCGUUUCCUCGUUGUUAGCAUAUUAGCAUCUAGCUAGCUACCGGCGCUACUUGAAAGACGAGGACUAUGUAUUCAGAGCCCGGCCGCUGAUUCCAACACGGAGAGAACGACCGGCCUGUGGACUGGAAGUGGUGUCGGGUCUGGUCCAGGCUUGUUGAGCGGUUAAUGCACAGAGUCAAGAGGCUGAAAGUUGAAGACAGAACAGAAGACGCCGAGGAAAGCAUCAGAGGAGUGGCAGCAGGGAUGACGGGGCUGGAUGAGCUCUCGGACAGCACGGAGGUGGUGGAGAUGGAGGAUGUGAUUCCCACCCAGUUCCAGGUGGAGAAGCACACCUGGGAUGGCUUGAGGAAGAUCAUCCACCAGAGCCACAAGACCACUGGCAUGAUCAUCAGCAAGGCGCCGCACGACUUCCAGUUCAUCCAGAAGGACGAGGGCAGCCCGCACUCUCACCGCGUCUACUACCUUGGAAUGCCUAACAUCUUCAUGGAAAAUGCGUUGCUCUACUCAGACAUUCCUAAGAAGAUCCGCAAAGACAGCCUGCUGGUUUUGUCAUGGAAAAUGAUGCUGGAUCACUUUCAGGCCAGCCCGCACCACGGGGGCCUCUCCCGGGAGGAGGAGCUAUUGCGGGAGAGGAAGCGUCUGGGGGUGUCGGGCAUUACCUCCUAUGACUUCCACCGACCCAGCGGCCUCUUCCUGUUCCAGGCCAACAGCAGUCUGUACUACUGCCGCGACGGUGGAAACGACAGCCUCACUACUUCUCCGAUGAAUCCUUCAGAGAUUAAGAGCCAGAAUUCAGGCACACGCAUGGACCCCAAGAUCUGCCCUGGGGACCCCGACUUCAUUGGCUUCAUCAUUAACAAUGACAUUUGGGUGACCAACAUCAAGACUGGUGAAGAGAGGAGGCUCACCUUCUGCCACAAAGGGAGUGAAAAUCCGAAAGACGACCCAAAAUCUGCCGGUGUGGCCACUUUUGUCACUCAGGAAGAGUUUGAUCGCUUCACCGGAUACUGGUGGUCACCAGCUGCUCGAGAAGAAUCAGACGGUGGUAAGACUUUACAGAUUUUAUACGAGGAGGUGGACGAAUCUGAGGUUGAGAUCAUCCACGUCCCAUCUCCGGCUCUGGAGGAGCGAAAGACGGAUGUCUACAGAUACCCACGUGCAGGCAGCAAGAAUCCAGACAUUACUCUCAAAAUAGCAGAAAUCAGGACAGAUAAUCUCGGCAAAAUUGUCAGCGCACAAGAAAAGGAGCUGCCUGUUCCCUUCACCAGCCUGUUCCCGUGUGCUGAAUACAUCACCAGAGCUGGAUGGACAAAGGAUGGCCGAUAUGCGUGGGCAGUGAUGAUGGACCGGCGACAGCAGCGUCUCCAGUUGGUCCUGUUGCCUCCAGCGUUCUUCAUCCCUUCACACCAGGACGAGGCCAGUAGACAAGAGAGUCUGGAGGCCCUGGGAGACGCAGUCCAGCCCUUCAUCAUCUACCAAGAGACCAGCAACAUCUGGAUUAAUGUCCAUGACAUCUUCCAUCCUUUCAUCCAAACCAGUGAUGAAGAGAUCACCUUCAUCACUGUAAACGAGUCCAAAACAGGCUUCUGCCAUCUUUAUAAGAUCACGUCAGUGUUACAGCGGGGCAGCUAUCACUGGGCCAAAGGCUACACACACUCUGAAGAGGAUUUCAAGUGUCCAGUCAAAGAGGAGUUGACGGUAACCAGUGGGGAGUGGGAGGUGCUGGCCAAUCAAGGAGCAAAGCGUUCCUCCAGUCCUCAGAUUUGGGUGGACGAGGCGGCGAAGCUGGUUUAUUUCCAGGGAACCAAAGACUCUCCUCUGGAGCAUCAUCUUUACGUGGUGAGCUACGAUUCUCCGGGCGAAAUCGCCAGACUCACCAAACCUGGAUUCUCCCACAGCUGCUCUGUGAGCCAGACCUUUGACAUGUUUAUCAGCCAUUAUAGCAGCUUGACCUCCUCACCCUGUGUGCACAUCUUCAAGUUGAAUGGCUCCGACAGUGACCCGCUACACAAAGAGCCGCAGUUCUGGGCGAGCAUGAAAGAGCCACCCGGUUUCACAUUCGACUACACUCCUCCAGAGAUUUUCAGCUUCACGGGGAAGUCGGGCUUUGAGUUGUACGGCAUGUUGUACAAACCACACCACCUGGUCCCCGGCAGGAAGCAUCCCACUGUUGUCUUUGUUUAUGGCGGUCCACAGGUGCAGUUAGUGAAUAACUCUUUCAAAGGAGUGAAGUAUCUGCGGUUGAACACUCUGGCGUCUCUGGGCUACGCCGUGCUGGUCAUUGACGGCCGAGGAUCCUGUCAGCGAGGACUCCAGUUUGAAGGAGCUGUGAAGGACAAAAUGGGUCAGGUGGAGAUCGAAGACCAGGUGGAGGGUUUACACUACGUAGCUGACAAGUACAAGUUUGUGGACCUGAGCCGUGUUGCCAUUCAUGGCUGGUCGUACGGAGGCUUCCUCUCACUCAUGGGCCUCGUCCAUAAACCCGACGUCUUCAAGGUUGCCAUUGCAGGAGCUCCGGUGACGUUGUGGAUGGCCUACGACACCGGCUACACAGAGCGAUAUUUGGACACGCCUGAAAAAAACAAGCAGGGAUACGAGGCUUGUUCUGUCGCCCUGCAUGUCGACAAACUCCCAAAUGAGCCCAACAGGUUGCUCAUCCUACACGGGUUCCUCGAUGAGAACGUGCACUUUUUCCACACUAACUUCCUGGUGUCUCAAAUGAUCCGGGCAGGGAAGCCAUACAACCUACAGGUUUAUCCGAAUGAGCGACACAGCAUCCGAUGUCCAGAGUCGGGGGAACAUUACGAGAUUACGCUACUGCACUUCCUCCAGCAGAACCUCUGAUAAGCCUUUUCUACACACAAACCUUUCCUUCCUCGCAUACUUACCCUCCUCUCUUUGUCUCGUCCUUCACAUUCCUCCAUUUAUUUAAACCUGCCUCUUUCACUAGAUUUUAUAAUAUGCUGAAUGCAGGCAAUGCCAAACCUCAUCACACCUCAAGAGUCCCUUGUCAGUCUUUAAAGGUGCUGUAGCUUUUUUAGCAUCAAUACAACAUUCAAACUCAAAAUGUUCGUGUUUAAUAUUAAACUACCUUAAAUAAGUGUCUCGUAAUCUUGAAACUUCGUUUGACAGUUUAUGGCCUCGAGCCCAACAGAGGGCGCCGUUGGACUGGAACAAACAGAGUUGAAGCAUUCCCAGAUUCUCGUUAUAAAAAAAAUGGUGGAAUAAGAAAAACAAAACAAAACACUGAAGCCAAAUGUGGGAGUGAUGAAUACUGAUGUUAUAAGAUGCUUAUUAAUGCACCUUUUUUACUGAACAGAAUUUUCAGCAAUGCAAAAAAUAGAGAGUGGAGCUGCUAUGCCUUGUUUUGGGAGUUGAUUUCUUUUGUGUACUUUUUUAAAAUUUAUUUUUUUCUGUUUCCAUGAAUUAACACUGGACUGAAGUUAUAAAACCUAAAACUAUACAGUAUCAUACAAACAAGCUCUUAACCUUUGUCACCGCCCUCCAUUGUCUUGUAGGACAAUCUUCAUGUGGGGUGUCCUACUUUGGCAGAUCGACCAGAAACUAUGUGUCAAAAUGUUCUUGUUAUUCCAAAAAAUCUCUUUAUGGAUUAUUAUACAACCAUAACUGGUGGAAAUACGUAGUGACCUUGUGCCGUUUCACUCAAGCUCUUGCUUUGAUUUUGCGGGAGCAUAUUUUUUCUUCUGCUGCUGACGACUUUUGCACGUUACAUACAUGUACUUGCCUUGGUGCCAACAAACUGAACGUUGAGCUGACACCGCUGUUGGCAGUCUGAGGUGCCUUGUGAGAGCGCCUACUCAUAUAGUUUAUAUCAGGGAAUCUGUUUGAGGACCUAUGACAAUAAAAUGCAUUUUUAUGUGUGUCCGAUGACCAUCUGUGAGAUGACGAGCUACCAUUAUGUGUACUCUUUAAGAAAAUGAAGAAAUAAACACAAAAGUGAACAAUC